UGGUGGCAAAUGGCUCUUAAGCCUGUUCUUUCCUUCUGUGCCCUUAUUGGAGUGGUAUGUUUUGUUCAUGGAUUUCCUAAACCAGACACCAGCCAAGACAAGGCUCUGCAUAACAGAGAAUUAAGUGUAGAGAGACCAUUGGAAGAACAGAUUGCUGAGGCGGAUACAGUGAGCAGAGGAGCCACGAAAGAUAAAAUAAAAAAUGAUUCCUUUGUGGAUGACUUGAACUUCUUGAUGUCAGCAGCUGAGAAAGAAAAGAAUGUCAAAAGAAGCGGCUGGACAAAAAGCGCAGUCAGCGACCAGAGGACCUCUAUGGACGAGGCAGACUCAACAAAAAACAUAAAGCCAGUGGAGUAUUUUGACUCCACUAAAAGUGGAUUGGAUUAUAAAUAUGAAGAUGAUCCGGAUGGGCUUCACCAAUUAGAUGGGACACCACUCACUGCAGAAGAUAUCGUUCAGAAGAUCGCUAUGAGAAUUUAUGAAGAGAAUGACAGAGGAGUAUUCGACAAGAUUGUUUCUAAGCUCCUAAACCUUGGACUGAUUACAGAAAGCCAGGCAUACACAUUAGAAGAUGAAGUGGCAGUUGUUUUACAGCAAAUAAUUGCUAAUGAGGCCAAAACCCGUGAAAAGGAGUCAGAGGGCCUUGAUUACCCUGCAGUCAGAGCGGACAUCGGUGAAGAUAAGAAGCAGGAGGGAAGAAUGAAGCCUCAGGAGAAGGAGUCAUCUGAAGGAAACAACAUCGGAGAUGACGACUGGACUCCGGCAGCCACUUUGGAGAGGAGGAAUGACAUACCGCCGGAAGAAAAUUUUGAAGAUCUUCAGUAUUUCCCAAAUUUCUAUCAACUCAUAAAAAGUCUAAAUUCAGAAAAUGAUGCCAAAGAGAAGGAAACAUUGAUCACUAUUAUGAAAACUCUCAUUGAUUUUGUGAAAAUGAUGGUAAAAUAUGGGACAAUUACACCAGAAGAAGGAGUCAGUUACUUGGAGAACCUGGACGCCAUGAUAGCUGCACAGACAAAGAGCAAACUUGGAAAGAAUGCAGUGAACAGAGUGCUAACAGGUGAGAAAACAGAUGAGGAAUCUGAUAGCACUAAGGCAGCUGCAGCCAUCAUGGAAAAGGAAUAUCAAAAAUUAAAGGAUUCAACAAAACCAGAGGAGCCAAAAGAAACUGAAGUAGCCAGUAAGAAACACAAAGGGAAGGCUGAAACGUAUUUAGAAGCAAUUAGAAAGAAUAUUGAAUGGCUGAAGACUCACAACAAACAGGAGAACAAAGAAGAUUAUGAUCUUUCAAAACUGAGAGAAUUCAUAGACCAACAGGCAGACACCUACGUAGAAAAAGGAAUUCUGGACCAAGAAGAAGCCAACGUAAUAAAGCGCAUCUACAGUAGCCUGUGAGAAGGACACUGACGAGCGAUCUUUACUACCAUGGGAAAUAAGCUUUAGAUUUAGAAACUCCCACUAUGAUCCAAAACCGACACCUUUCCACCUAUAAAACAGGUUGAUUUACUAAAGGUAUGAAACUGUUCAGAGAGCAAGUUGAUUCCUUUGGACUUUUUUCAGGUGUAUAUUAAUGUAGGUUAAUUUAACACAAAUCUAAUAAAACAUCGAAAACGAUGGUAUGGGGUACAUUGUGAAGAUCCUUAAAUGGAUGUUGACUUUAAAUUAACCCCUUUUAUUCUAUGUGGACCCCAGAUUGGGAUUCUACCAUUAGUACUGGAGAGCUAUAUGGAGGUCCACCCUUUACAGUGAGCAGUCUCAUGGAAUAAGCCUAACCCUUGUUCAGCACCAAACAUUUGUGAAACUCCCCAUAAUUAUAAUUCUUUAAAUGAAUAUGUGCAAGGUGUGGGGUACCCUCAUGAACACUAGGAUACUGUAGAUGGCUUCGCUGCUUAUAGGAGAGAGCCCUGCACAGACUGGAGGUGACUCCAGUAGAGGCCACUGGGUCAAACAAGAAUGAAAAGACGGCAGUCCAAUCAACUAACCAAUGCCCCAUCAAUAUAUCAUAUGCCGCAGCUCUGGGAAAUUACUAGUUCUGGGUGAUUCUCAGUUGGAUUAGCUUGCUGCAUUAUGUGCUGAUGACAGAUGCACUUUAAUAAAUCAGCCUGUUCGAUACCUUUUGCAUCAGUCUAAUUUGUGCAACAGACCGGUCUCUCCUUUAUGACAACUUUGGCAAACUUUCUGCCAUGUGCUUGCAUUUAUAUUAGUAGUUCUGUAGUCAGACUGCUUCAAUUCCACUCAUUUGCGGAAGCCUGAACCUUUCAUAAUCAUCGAAAUAUUAGAUAUGAUACCCUGACUAAAUGAAAGGGGUUUUCUGACACCCCAAAAGUUAGAUAACAGCAGGAAUUUUAAUAAAAGAGCACUCCCCUGGCGCUCCUCCUCCACCAGUCUUUGUUUCUGGUGCUGCAGAAAUGAGACCCCCAACUACCUUGUGUGAUCGCUGCGGCAAUCACUGGCCUCGGGGGUCACAUGGGGUAGUCAGGGAUGUCACUGCAGCACAGAGACCGGAUUCCGUCCCCGACUACAUUAUGUGACUGCUGAGGUCAGUAAUCCGCUGCAGCGAUCACAAGGAGUAGUCAGGGAAGUCAUUACUGCAGUGCUGGAAACAGCAGCAUUGGAACGGAGAGGAGCAGACAGAUGAGUACUUUUUCUUUUAGUUAAUAACUCUUGCUAUCUAAAAUUUUUGAAGUCUUGGAAAACCACUUUAUUUUCUAUGGAAAUCUAUAGGAACCUCAGUUAACAUCCAGUAUUUGUAAUCGAUAAUACAGUAUCUCAGCAUACAGACAUAACAGAGAUGAAUUACAAAUUAGGCUUUGCUACAUUUGUGUAUGUUACACAAAACUAAAUUGUAACUAUAAUAACACAUUGUACAAACGCUCAUGGAGGAUUCAUCUCUGCCACAUCUGUAGGUCGAGUGGACAUUGGAAUAAACCAAAAGUGAUUGACUGGAAACACAAUAUUAGACAAUGGUUUACAAGUCACUGUAUCUUAUUAUCAGUUGUACAUGUUCUGUGUUGUACCAUAUACCUGUAUGUGUGAGGCAGUUCAGCAAUGA